AUGGUCUUGUCCGCGGCCGAUCUCCAAAAGCAGCUAGAGGGAGCUCCAGAUCCCUUUCCUAGUCUGUCUGAACCUCAGCCAAGGGCCAGCGGAUCCGCGUCGACAAAUGUCCCUCUGAACACCGACUCGGAGACAUUGUUCCCGUCGCUCGCGACUCCUACGGCUCCAAAGGCAUCUCCAACGUCCUGGACGCCUCGAGCGGUCAAGCCAAUCUCGACCCCCGUCUUCUCGGACACGUUCUCCCUCACUGGCAUCGAUCUCACUGCCCAGCACUCCAGAGAUGGAAAACCACGGACGUUGGCAGACGUCAUCAAAGAGGCACAGACAAAGUUCAAGGUCAAGGUCGACGUCUUUUCGCAGCGCACCAGCAACCAGACUUCUUUUACCAUCACUGGUCCGUCUGAUGCUGCGGUCGAAGGUGCUAGGAAAUCUCUAACGUCGAGCUUGAGCCCCGUGAUCUCUGUCGUUGUCCAGACCCCGGCUUCAAUCAUAGGUUCCAUCGUGGGUGCCAAAGGUGCAAAUCUAAAGCGCAUUCGUGAUCAAACAAUGACCAGGAUCGACAUUCCCCGACGUGAUACCUUGGGUGUUUCUACGCCAAAUGGUCAGGAUGAGACUUCGCGCUCUGUCAGCCCAGCGCCCGCAGGAUCUGUAGACGAAAACGAGCCAACGAUCCCAAUCACGAUUUCAGGGCCUGCUUCUAUGGUACACGAGGCACAGGCGAUGAUCCAGGACAUUAUCUCGGAGCGCACUUCUCGGUCUACGCAAAAGGUCAAAAUCGUCCCAGAGCACGUCUAUCCAUUUGUCCUCUCUCGUCGCCCAGACUUUUUACGCGUUGCCAAUGGUGCAGAAAUCACUCUAGCCCGUGACGACGCGACAAAGGAGAUUAUCGUCAGUGGAGAUCGUGAGGCGGUGGCAAACGUUGUGGAGAGCAUUCGCUCUUGUGCCAACUUUUACGAGGGAGAUGUGAACCAGGUCAAAAUCGCACUUGCCAAACGCCAGCACAGACUACUCGACGCCAAGGCCCAGGACCAGAUAUUCCAAAAGAGCAAGUGUAGCGUUGUCGUGCCGUCUCCUAGCGACCCGAGCGAGGAUGUUAUCGUUUGGGGUAAAGCUGCCAACCUUGGAGGUGGUCUCCAGGCGGUCAUGGAGCGUGCAAACUCUCAACACACGCACUCGUUGCCAAUUCGUCAACAUCCCAGCCACGUUCUCACCCACAUCCAUCGCAGUGGUUAUGGAAAAACCUUUGGAAGCACCCACUCAGCUGUCGAUGUUCAUUUCCCGUCUCCAUUUUCCGGUAUCUCCACCGUCGACUUUGCAGGCGAACGUGCCGCAGUUGAUGCCGCGCAAAAGGAACUAGUGGCUUACCUCAAGCUCCUUGAAGGAGCGACUAGGGCCAUCGAGGUUGAUUAUUUGAUUCACAAGAUUUUACAGGCAAAGGCAGCCAAGCAGUUGCGAGAUUAUCACUCUUCUAGGAACGUUUUCGUUUACUUCCCCUCGGAGGCUGACCAGGCUUCCAACGUGAUGCUUGUCUAUGAUCCAUUGGCGGCUCAAGCCGCCAAGGAAAAGCAGGCUGCUUUGGCCGAAAUCGAAGCAGAGCUCCUUGCUCUAGUCUCGACUCUUGGCCAAAUCAAGACUGAAACAAUUUCCGUCGAAAAGAAGUGGCACGAGGCCGUCAAAGGGAAGAACAACUCGAAUCUCAACUCGUUGAUUGGUGAAGGCCGUGCACUUGCUAUCGAGGUUGGAGGGAACGGACAGGAAGAUAUCGUCGUCAUCCGUGGCUCGGCAGCAGACGUCGACAAAGCAACGAUGGAAAUCCUUCGUCUUGUGGAAGAGGCAAAGAACGAUGCUAUCGAUAGCAGCUAUGUCACCGAGUUCCAGAUCCCUCAACAAUACGUCGCGAGGAUCGUUGGUGCUGCUGGCGCUGGAAUUCAAAAGUAUCGAGAGCAACUGGAUGUCAAGAUUGACAUCGAGGAUCUUAGAGACUCUGCCGAGCAAGUCGUCGGCAAGAAGAAGAAGACCACCACCUCAUCACAGUCUCUCGUCAAGAUUACCGGUCGUAAACAUAAUGCAGAAGAAGCAAAGAAACGCAUUCUCGCCCAAGUGGACAAGAUGGCAGAUGAGACCACGGAGAUUCUCAAGGUUCCUCGCCAAUAUCAUUCUGCCAUCAUUGGGCAGCAGGGCAAGUACAUUCAACGACUCCAAGACAAGUACGGUGUGAAGAUCAACAUGUCCAAGGACUCGAGUACUUCUCCAGACGAGAUCCAAAUCCGUGGAGGAAAGAAGGGCGUCUCACAGGCGAAAAACGAGAUUAACGAGCUCGUCGAAUAUGAGAAGGAAAAUAACCACUCUAUCAGUAUCGAUGUGUCUAGCCGCGCUGUCCCCCGUAUUCUUGGUGCCAAAGGAGCCAAGAUUCACGAGAUUAUGGAAGAGACCGGUGCUCACGUGGAUGUCAACGACAAGGACAAGAGAGAGAAGGAGGAGACAACUUCGAUUACUAUCCGCGGAAACAAGAAGUCGGUGGCAGCCGCCAAGGCGCAGGUUCUCGCCAUUGCCAAUGCUGUAGAUGAUGAAACCACUGUUGUCUUGCAUAUCGAGCCCAAGUUUCAUCGUACAAUCAUCGGAGGUGGUGGAGUUGGUCUCCGAAACCUUCUCGCGCGAGUUGGCGCACCGAGCGAUCCAAAGGAGCAAGCGGGACUCGUUCGUUUCCCUCAGAGCGGUGAUGAGGUUACCCUUCGUGGAGAAAAGACCCUUGUCAAGAAAAUCCAGGCAGAGCUAGAGCGCGUCGUUGCCGGGUUGCGCGAGCGUGUCGUCAUUGGCGUGUCGAUUCCUGCACAACAGCACAGGAUGCUCAUUGGGCAUGGUGGACAACCGCUCAUGGAGCUCGAGAAGAGAACGGGUGCUGAAGUCCAGUUUCCUGGCUCACGCUCCUAUAACCAAGUGGCAGCAGCGGAGAAUGCGUCCGAAUUAGAAGACGCAGAUCCAAAGGAUAUUGUCAAGGUUGUCGGUCCCCGUGCAGCUUGCGAGAAGGCAAUUGCCGAAAUGCUCGAAUCCAUCGCCAAGGCCCCGAACCGCGAGAGGAAGAAGGAGGAUGGCAAUCGCGAGCGCAAUGGAACUGGUGCAACCGCCACCGUUUCUGUACCUUUCAAGCACUACCAUCUCCUUCGACCUACCGGGAAUCUUGUUCGCGACUUGCGUGCGACAGGCGUCAACUUCUCGCAAGAUGGCAAACCGAAACAAGAAGAUUUUGAUGUCGAUGCGCGUAUUGACGACGAGGUAGAGGUCGAUUCACAUGGGGUGGAGUGGAAGCUUGUCGAAUACGGCUCUGGUGUGCAAGAUGGCGCGACAGAAAUUACACUCAAGGCGCGCGAUGCGGAAAGUCUAGCGUCAGCUCAGAAAGUCGUUGAUGACGCGCUCAAAAAGGCAAAUAACAUCACACAUGUGGGUCUUAUGACCUUCCCCGAUCGUGGGGCGUUCCCCAGGAUCAUUGGGUCCAAGGGAAACACUGUCAACCAGUUGUGCCUCGAGAACGACGCUGAGAUCAUAGUCCCGAGGGAUGACUCUACUGUCAAGAUUUAUGGGGCCGAAGAUAAUGUCAACAAGGCGAGAGCAGCAAUUACUCGCGUUGCAUUUGGUGGUCGUGGACGUCGUGCCGACGACUAA